GUACCCUGUUUCUACAAACAAGUGAGCCAGACAAUUUGCUUUGCGCAGUUGCAGUCUGAAGUUAGGGUUCUGUUAGGUACUUCGUGUUAUUACUAAGGGUAGUUUCUUACUAAGAAUGAUUUAACGUAUCAAUGCCAUGAAAUCUAAUUACAAUUUUUGGUGUCUAUGUCUCUCAACCUGUAUUCAAAAAAUUAGAACACUUAUCAUAGGAUGUAUUUACUAUAAAAUUACUAGGCUACAUCACAAAUUUAUUUUACCACCAAUAUUAUUCAUUUUACUUUUAGUACUUUGCAUAUCUCUCUAUCAACAAAGACAAUUAAAUGUAAUUAGUAAAAGCCUUCUAUCAACUGGAUCUUCUAGUAGUUAUAUUAUUUUCAAUAUUACUAGUGAUAAUUUAGUCAAAAUACCCCCAAUGAAUGAAUUGAAAGUUAAAUGGGUCCAAAACAGAAUUGAAAAACUAUCAAAAAAAAUGAAAAAUGUUUUAAUGACUAAAGUUUCAAAUUUGGAAGAGUUGCCUCAACCAAAUUACAGGGUACAUAUUUUCUAUUAUGCCUGGUUCAAAACACCUAAAGAGGAUGGGUCUUGGCAGCAUUGGAAUAAAGAAUUAGUUUCUCAAAAGAAAGACCAUGAAAAAGACAAACUUCCUCCAGAAGAUAUAUAUUCAAGCUUCUAUCCUUAUUUAGGGUGUUACAGUUCUAAAAAUAUGUCGAUUAUAGAUUAUCACAUGAAAAUGAUAAGAAAAGCAGGGAUAGGAGUUGUUGUUCUCUCUUGGUUACCACCCUCUUUUCCUGACUCUCCAAAAGAUGUUCUACGACAGUUGAUGGAUGUUGCUUUAAAGUAUGAAUUAAAAGUAGCUUUCCAAAUUUAUUUUUACACAAGUAGAACACAUAAGUCUAUUGCUAAACAGAUACAGUAUUUGAUGCUGAAAGUUGGAGAUCAUCCAUCAUUAUAUCUUUUGAAAAAAGAAAAUAAGUUGCUGCCAGUUUUUUACAUACAUGAAUCUUAUAAACAUAGUAGUUAUGUAUGGAAAGAAAUGUUAUCAGAAAAAGGAAAUAUAUCUCUUAGGAAAACAAAGUAUGAUGGAACCUUUAUUGGACAUUUGUCGGAUCAAAGUCACAUAACGGAAAUAAAGCAUGCUUCUUUUGAUGGUUUGUACACUUAUUCCUCUGGAAAUGGUUUUACUUAUGGAUCAUCUUGGAAAAAUUGGAAUUCAUUAGCCAAAUUUUGCCAAGAGAAUACUCUCAUGUUUAUUCCAUCUGUUGGACCUGGAUUUUCAGAUAUUUUAUCUAUCAAGCGUACUAGACAUCGAUUAAAGGGUAAUUAUUAUGAGGUGGGGUGGAGAAGCGCUCUAUCCAAAAGACCAAGUUUUAUAAGUAUUUCAAGCUUUAACCAUUGGCAAGAUGGCAGUCAAAUUGAACCUGCUAAAUCUAAGAAGACUCCUACAAGAGUAUACUUAGAUUAUGAACCUGAAGGUCCACUUUUCUACAUUAAUUUAACCCGAUGGUGGGUAAAGCAGUUCUUGUCAUCUAUUGAAUGA